CUGCGGCGGCCUUCAAGCAGUAACGAUCAUCCUUGAGUCAUGACCGGAAAAACCCCAAGUCACGGCAGCCAGUCACAGAGUCUCGUAACGAACACUUGCAGGCAGGCUCUUGCCAAAUCGGGAUUAGACCGCCACUAGUACCAGACUCAAGUUGCUCGCCAUUUUUACGCUGGCGAACACCGACUUCCAACCUUUUCCCCACCCCCGACCCAGCCCGGACGACCCAUCACCUCAUCAUCGGCCUUGGGUUUUGGGCCCUGGAUGCAUUGGGUGCUGCGUUUCGGGCUUUGCUGUUUAGGCUUCACCCAGCGUGCUAUCCCCGUCAAUGAAUUGAUACUUUAUUCCCCCCCAUCUGAACUUUCCUCUCCUUCUUCUCCUUCCCCCCCUACACGGGUGAUCAUAGCCACCAAUCAUUGCCCAUCUAUGGCAUAUAAACCUUCCUUUCGCCCACGUGGGUAUCCCGCCCGAGCAAAACCUUGUUGGGUUCUGAUUCGAACCAAGCGAACCAAGCAAUUCCCUGAUGCAGAUCAGUAUUUACGUCGAUGUCUGGAUUCGUGGCCUCAGGCCCCCUGUCUUCUUAGGGCCUUUUGGGGAAGGGGAGAAGCCACGCGAACGAUACAUCAAUCCCUAUCCUCGAGUCUACAGUUGGAGGAGUCAACUUUUCCAGUGUGACAAACGGAACUAUUUACAAUGCUGCAUAUGAUUAAAGUCUAUCGACCAGUCCCAAUUCGGUCGGACCAGGUAGCCAGCCAUCCAGAGCUGCCAGUAGCAGCGAAACCCCU